AGCUGACUCACGUGGCCUGGGGUGUGGCUAAUGAACAAAGGGGGUCCCCAAGGUUUCAGAGAGGUAAGGUCUUUGAUCAGGCUGUAAAGACACACUCAGCAGGAACCACGGGUCUCAGUUCAAGAUCAUGGGAGCCAUGUAGACACCCAGUUUCUCAGAGCGUUGGUGGCCAAACGUCCGUGGGGUCCCAGGCAGAUGAAGGAGAGCCCCAGACCUGGGCUGCAGAACAUCUGGCCCUGGGUGACCCUGGGCGGCCCUGGCACGCAGAGUGGACUGGCCAUCUCUCCAUCAUGGAGGUAGCAAGUGGCCGGGCCUAAGCUGGCUGCGUUUGCAUCCCACCAUGCCCGUAGUGACGUUGAAGGUAAGGGUGGUGCUUGAGCUCUUACGGGGUGCUAGCACUGAGAACUUCACUUAGAACAACCCUGUGAGGUGGCUGCGUUUUUCUAGGCAAAGACAGUGAGGCUCAGAGAGGUUAAACCCCUUGCCUGAGCUCACACAGCUUUCAAGUAGUUUGGCAGGAUUGGCACCAGAUCUUUCCAAAUUCCAGCCCAGGCUUGUGACCACAGUUUCUCCCUGGAGGAGUGUGACCUCAUGUGUCUUUUGGCCUCAGUUUCCCAGCCCGUAACUUGAGGGAGUGGGGCUCGUCUGGGAGUCCGGAGCUCCACAGAGUACCCCCAGCACGUGGUAAGGAGGCUGUAGGUGGGUGGUGUCCCUGGUGAGGGGAAAAGUGACCAUUACUUCCUGCAGUGGCCAUCGCCUCCGAGGCUGAGCACCGUCUGUUUGAGAGGCUGUUCGAAGAUUACAACGAGAUCAUCCGACCUGUAGCCAAUGUGUCUGACCCCGUCAUCAUCCAGUUUGAGGUGUCCAUGUCUCAGCUGGUGAAGGUGGACGAAGUAAACCAGAUCAUGGAGACCAACCUGUGGCUCAAACAAAUUUGGAAUGACUACAAGCUGAAGUGGGACCCCUCUGAGUAUGAUGGGGCGGAGUUCAUGCGUGUCCCUGCACAGAAGAUCUGGAAGCCGGACAUUGUGCUGUAUAACAAUGCUGUUGGGGACUUCCAGGUGGACGACAAGACCAAAGCUUUACUCAAGUACACAGGGGAGGUGACUUGGAUGCCCCCCGCCAUCUUUAAGAGCUCGUGCAAAAUCGACGUGACCUACUUUCCAUUUGAUUACCAGAACUGCACCAUGAAGUUCGGCUCCUGGUCCUACGACAAGGCAAAAAUCGACCUGGUCUUGAUCGGCUCUUCCAUGAACCUCAAGGAGUACUGGGAGAGUGGCGAGUGGGCAGUCAUCAAAGCCCCGGGCUACAAGCACGACAUCAAGUACAACUGCUGUGAGGAGAUCUACCCCGACAUCACGUACUCGCUCUACAUCCGACGCCUGCCCCUCUUCUACACCAUCAACCUCAUCAUCCCCUGCCUGCUCAUCUCCUUCCUGACCGUGCUGGUCUUCUACCUGCCGUCCGACUGCGGCGAGAAGGUGACCCUCUGCAUCUCGGUCCUCCUCUCGCUGACCGUGUUUCUCCUGGUCAUCACCGAGACAAUCCCUUCCACCUCGCUGGUGAUUCCCCUCAUUGGCGAGUACCUCCUGUUCACGAUGAUUUUCGUGACCCUGUCCAUCGUCAUCACCGUCUUCGUGCUCAACGUGCACUACAGAACCCCGACCACGCACACCAUGCCCGCGUGGGUGAAGACUGUUUUUCUGCACGUGCUUCCCAGGGUCAUGUUCAUGACCAGGCCCGCGAGCAGCGAGGGCCACACCCAGAGGCCAAGGCCCUCCUACAGUGCUGAGCUCUCAAAUCUGAACUGCUUCAGCCGCACGGAGUCCAGAGGCUGCAAGGAAGGCUGUCCCUGCCAGGACGGGAUGUGUGGCCACUGCCACCACCGCAGAAUAAAAAUCUCAAACUUCAGUGCCAACCUCCCGAGAAGCUCCAGUUCUGAGUCUGUCAACGCUGUGCUGUCCCUAUCUGCUCUGUCACCGGAAAUCAAAGACGCCAUCCAGAGCGUCAAGUAUAUUGCCGAAAACAUGAAAGCACAAAAUGAAGCCAAAGAGAUUCAAGAUGAUUGGAAGUAUGUCGCCAUGGUUAUUGAUCGAAUUUUUCUGUGGGUUUUCAUCCUGGUGUGCAUUCUAGGGACAGCAGGAUUGUUUCUGCAACCUUUGAUGGCAAGGGAUGACGCUUAAGCACCAAACUGUGUUUGCCAGAGGCUUCCUGGCAUGCAGAGGGGGACUCGUUUGUUUUUAUUGUGUAAAAUACACUUGACCGUAAAAUGUACCAUCUUCACCGUGUUCAGGCCCACAGCUUGGUGGUGUUAGUCAUCGUUGUGCAGCCGCCACCGCCAUCUCCAGGACUCUUCGUCUUGUAAGACCGCAUCUCCGCACCCACUGAACACUAACUCCCUGUCCCCUCUCCCCCUGAAACCCACAUUAUACUGUUUUGACUACUUUAAGUACCUCAUAUAAGCAGAAGUGCACACUAUUUGUCUUUCUGUGAUCGGCCAGUUUCAUUCAGCGUCAUGUCCUCGGGGCUCACCCAUGUUGGAGCAGACGUCAGAAUCUCCUUUCUUUUUAAGGCUCAGCCGUGUUCCAUCGCACGUCUAUUCAUGUUGCUUAUCCGCUCAUCUGGCAGGGGACACUGGGGCGGCCCCCACGUUUUGGCUGUUACAGAUACGUGUGCAUCCAUGUUCACAGCAACAUUAUCUGUUUGAGACCCUGCUCUCGAUUCAUUAGGAUAUAUGCCCAGAGGCGGAAUUGUUGGGUCCUGUAGUAAUUCUAUUUUCAACUUUCUGAGGAACAACCAUACUGUUUU